AUGACGGACGAGAAUAGACCACCACCGGUUGUGGUUAAGGACCAGAGUACCACAACUUUACAGUGUCCAAUGUUAACCGAAACAAAUUACAACAUCUGGGCGAUUCGUAUCAAGGCAGUAUUCAAGGUUCAUGGAAUACAACAAGCUUUAGAACCAGGCAAAAAGGAGGUAGAUGCCAAAAAGGAUGACAUGGCAGUUGCACUUCUACUUCAAGCAAUACCCGAAGAGCUCGUGUUUCAAGUAGCUCAGUUUCAGACUACAAAGGAAAUCUGGGAAGCGUUGAAGACACGAAUAAGUCAGUUGGUUACCAAGGCAGCCAGUUUGGGAACCACCUAUGAAAACAGAAAACUUACCAGAAAGUUAUUAGGCUCUGUUCCAGCAAAGUAUGUUCCAAUUGUAGCUUCAAUUCAACAAUUCGCAGAUUUGAAGGCCAUGACGUUUCAAGAAGCAGUCGGUAGACUGAAGACGUUCGAAGACAAGAUUAAGGGUAUCGAGUCUUUAGCAGAAAAUCAAGGUAAUCUAAUGUUUGCCAAUGGUGAGUCAUCCUCGAAAUCCAAAUCCUAUGAAAAUACGCGAGGGCAUGGGCGAGGCGAUUCAAGUUACCGAGGUAGACGUCAAGACUGGGAUGAUGAGGACCAAGAUGGAAGUCAAAGCCGAGACGGUCAAGAUCAUGGGUCAAAGCAAACGGGUCAAAGAAGAACCAAUGAUCACCAAAAAGGAAGGAAAGAUAGAUCACGGAUUCAGUGUUACCGUUGUGAUAAAUUUGGUCACUUCGCGUCAGGAUGUCCGGAUCGUAUGAAGAAACAAAGUGAAGCUAACUUAGCUAAAAACGAUGAUUUUGAUCCAUCAUUAUUCAUGAUGAGAUGA